CGCUCGUGCCGCGGAGCUGCAGGAGCAGCCCACACGUUUACCCGCUCCGGGCGAACUUUGCGACGUACUACUACUUUGGAGCUGAAAGCGCAGCGAGGACGGAGCGGCCGCGCUCCUCGCACGCUGCCCGAGACCGGCCCGCGCCAGCGCGGCGGGAGGAGGGCCCGGCGCGCCCAUGACCGCUCAUGCUCGCGGUGGGACAGAUGGAUGGUAACCGACAGAGCGCGUUCGUCCUGGGCAGCGCGCCACUGGCCGCGCUGCACAACAUGGCCGAGAUGAAGAGCUCGCUCUUCCCCUACGCGCUGCAGGGGCCCGCUGGCUUCAAGGCGCCGGCGCUGGGCGGACUGGGCACGCAGCUGCCCCUCGGGACGCCGCAUGGCAUCAGCGACAUCCUGGGGCGGCCCGUGGGCGCCGCUGGCAACCUCCUGGGCGGGCUGCCGCGCAUCAACGGGCUGGCGGCCUCGGCCGGCGUCUACUUCAACCCCGCUGCCGUGUCCCGCUACCCGAAGCCUCUGGCGGAGCUGCCGGGGAGACCGCCCAUUUUCUGGCCGGGAGUGGUGCAGGGCUCUCCGUGGCGGGACCCGCGGCUCGCCUGUCCCGCUCAGACGGGCAUGGUUUUGGACAAGGACGGCAAGAAGAAGCACUCACGGCCAACUUUCUCUGGGCAGCAGAUUUUUGCUUUGGAGAAAACCUUUGAACAGACGAAAUACUUGGCGGGACCAGAGCGAGCUCGGCUCGCCUACUCCCUGGGCAUGACCGAGAGCCAAGUCAAGGUCUGGUUCCAGAACAGACGGACCAAGUGGCGGAAGAGGCACGCGGCAGAGAUGGCCUCGGCCAAGAAGAAACACGACUCGGAGACGGAGAAGCUGAAGGAGAGCUCGGACAAUGAGGACGAUGACGAGUACAACAAGCCCCUGGACCCCAACUCGGACGACGAGAAAAUCACGAGGCUAUUGAAAAAGCACAAAUCCACGAACCUCUCCCUCGUCAGCCCCUGCAGCACCAGCUCGGACACCUUGUGAGGCGAAGCCAGGCUCCUCGGCGAUGGGCCGGAGUGGGCGACACGGCCGCGGACGGCUGCAACUGGAUGUUUAAAGUGGUGUGUUGUACAGCCUAAGAUGUAUGUGAAAUGUAUAUAUUUUUUACAAAAUAAGUUAUGAAAUUAUUUUCCUUCUCAUCAAUGUAAAUUUCAGAAGAAUCUUUCCAACUUUUCCCGGCUUUUGUUUUGAAUCCUUUAAAGGUUUUGCCCAUUUUUCCCUUUAGCUUCCUUGCCGUUUCCCUGCUCCUAACAAUCAGAUUUUGUUACUGUUUUAUAUGGAUCGCCAGAUGCAAACGCAGCCAGUUUGUAUAUAGUAAAUUUCAGAUUUUUGUGAUGUAUAUUUCUAGUGUAAAAUGGCUGUUUUUCUUCGCUACCCUCCUUCUCUCAAUACAGUGUUUUGACAGUUUGAUUUCUCCUGCCUCUGGCUCUUAUGCUUGGUAUCAAAAAAAAAAAAAAGAGGCGAAAAAUGGACACUUGAUUUUAAAUUGGAUUGAGAUAACGCUGUUUCCACGCUGGUUGGAAAGACUUUGU